CCUCCCCUCGGCUUUUCAGGCAGGAGCGCUGCGUAGCGACCAGGAGCUCAAGCGGAGAAGCUCCGACUAAUUACACAGCGCGAUCAGACAGCGGGCGACUAUCGGGGCAGGAUUUUUUCUACACCUACGACCAGGUCCGGGAUUCUGCUUUACGCAUAAGAAACAUUUCUCCAGCCUUUUUUUUCUUCCCUGUGAUUUGUAUCAUAUUUUCACGCUCAGACGUCGGUACACAAAAGAGCAUUGGAGAUGAUGGUGAUGAUGGUGAUGAUGAUGAUGAUGGAGAUGGAAAAACGGCGUCUCGUCAUCACUAGAAGCCGGACAACGACAAGACUUUACACCUGGAUGAACUGAAGAGGGAUUUUGAAGGUGCUCACGGGUUGAUACUUUGUAACAGACUGUUUUUGCGGUUUGAAUGAUCGUGUCCAGAUGCUGUCAUUGUGCUGUGGUCCUCUGCUGUGCUCCUCAAAGAAGGAUGCAUGGGAGUAUGCCAGCUUUCCUGUUGUUUUCCUCCGCUGUGUUAUGUGCUGAUGAACGGUUUGGAUUAGAAGCAACCAGAUUCAAAAAAGACAAACCCCUGGGAAAUCCUGACCAGUCUGUCUGUGUCUUAUCCCAGUAACUCCUGAAUUAAGUUUUCUGGACGCCGAGUUGCAGCGAAGUCACUGCAUCGACCUUGCGUUACUUGAAUUAAUUUCAACCUACUUUUAAACUUUUCAAUGAUGGUAGAGCCUGUGGGAUUUACUGAGGCCUGGAAGGCACAGUUUCCUGAGUCCGAGCCUCCAAAAAUGGAGCUGCGGUCCGUGAUGGGAAUCGAGCAGGAACUAGAGAAAUGCAAGGUGUCUAUUAGAAGGCUGGAGCUGGAGGUGAACAAAGAACGUUUCCGCAUGAUCUAUCUGCAGACGCUGCUGGCGAAAGAGAGGAAAAGUUAUGACCGGCAGCGUUGGGGCUUCAGGAAGACACAGAUGGCGGAGGGUGAUGCUCACGCGGGUGGAGCUGACCCCCAGUAUUCACAGAUACAGGAGUCCAGUCAGGGAGAUCGCACCAGAUUCCAGCCUAUAGGAGAAGCCAGGCCUAAACCCCGGCCUCCGCCGGCUAGGAAAUCCGCCUCACAUGGAGAUGGAUUGGAACUUCAGUCCACUUUCGAGCCCCACCAGCUAGGGCAGGGCAGUGAGACAGACGGGCUUUCACCAUCUAAACAGAGAGGAGGAGUCUCGCCUCGCAGGCCGCAUCCUCCUCCUGACAAGGAGCUCCCAUCCGACCCAUGUCCUAAAGACAAACCAGGCAUGGGACUCGGGGUAGCUGCUUUGCGUUCCAACUUUGAGCGGAUCAAACGAGCCAACUCGCACUCGGCUGGAGAUGGACGAGGAGGCCAGGACAAGCAACCUUUCUACACCAACAUGGAAUUCCAUCAUGAUAAGGGCCUGGUGCGAGUGAACGAUCGGGACGUCUCAGACAAGAUCAUUUCCCUUGGAACACAAGCUGUGCAAAUGGAGCGUAAGAGGUCACUCCAUUCCCUGCCAGGCAACCUGGCCACGGUCACUAGUGACCUGCGACCCAGACCUGUCUGUAGGGGCCGAUCCAGCGAGAGCACCUGCGGCUAUGAUGCUGAAUGUGAAGAUGGAGAACCCAACCCUCGGUACAACAGAGAUGGUGCUGCUCGACCCAAUGGAAACAAACCACCACCUCCUCCAUGGCAUCCGUCAGAUUUCCAGCCGUACAGCGGAGUUUAUGUGACCAGUGAAAGCGGUGAUGGUCGGGUCACGAUGCGAGAGCACGCCAGCAAUGAUGACCAUCACCUUACCUGGCCGAGGAGAUCCUACUCACCUGGAAGCUUGGAAGAUGUUGGCGGAGGAGGGGGUGGCUACACACCUGACUGCAGCUCCAAUGAGAACUUGACCUCCAGCGAGGACGACUUCUCAUCAGGACAGUCGAGUCAUGUGUCACCCAGCCCAACUGCCGCUUUCCGCAGACCCUUCAGGGAGAAAAGCCGCUCACCCUCUCAGAACUCUCAGCACUCAUUGGACAGCAGCAGCCCUCCGACGCCACAGUCGCAGAAGAGACACAGGCAGCCACAUGUGGUCGUUUCAGAGGCCACUAUUGUCGGGGUUCGCAAAACAGGACAGAUCUGGCCCCAUGAUGGAGACUCCACCCCCAUCAGGACAUCCCAUGACAACAGUUACCAUGGAGACCUGGAUGGCCCGUUUACAGGAACCCCUCCCACAUACGGUUACGAUGCAGACCGGGCCGAGGAGCAGAGGCGUCACCACGAUAUCCUGCCCUACAUCGAUGACUCUCCAUCGUCCUCCCCAUACCUCAGCUCGAAGAGCCGCAGCAGCAGAGACACACUGUCCUCUGGCUCACUCGAGUCCUCCAAAUCUGCCGAUCUGGACCUAGAGAAAGGCUUGGAGAUGCGCAAGUGGGUUUUAUCUGCAAUUCUGGCCAGUGAGGAGGUCUACCUCAGCCACCUGGAGGCGCUGCUGCUGCCCAUGAAACCACUGAAAGCCGCAGCCACCACAUCCCAGCCGGUCCUGACCAUCCAGCAGAUCGAGACCAUCUUCUUUAAAGUGCCUGAGCUCUAUGAGAUCCACAAAGAGUUCUACGACAACCUCCUUCCACGAGUGCAACAGUGGAGCCACCAUCAGCGUGUAGGAGACCUCUUCCAAAAACAAGCCAGUCAGCUAGGAGUGUACCGAGCGUUUGUGGACAACUAUGAAUUAGCCGUGGAGACGGCAGAAAAGUGCUGCCAGGCCAAUGCACAGUUCGCUGAGAUCUCCGAGAACCUAAAAGUCCGAAGUACCAAAGAGUGCAAGGACCAGAUAGCCAAGUACUCACUGGAAACUCUACUUUAUAAACCGGUGGAUAGAGUAACCAGAAGCACACUCGUUUUACAUGAUCUGCUGAAGCACACACCCUCCAGUCACCCAGACCACACCCUCCUUCAAGACGCCCUGCGGAUCUCGCAGAACUUCCUGUCCAGCAUCAACGAGGAGAGCACACCACGUCGCCAGUCCAUGACUGUGAAAAAGGGCGAGAAUCGGCAGCUGCUGAAGGACAGCUUCAUGGUGGAGUUGGUGGAAGGAGCGAGGAAGCUGCGGCACGUUUUUCUCUUCACCGACCUGCUGCUCUGCGCCAAACUCAAGAAGCAGAUCGGCGGGAAGAGUCAACAGUAUGACUGCAAAUGGUACAUUCCACUCUCAGAUCUGACUUUCCAGGCCGCAGAGGAGACAGAGCCCGUUCCCAUCCCACAGGUCGCCGAUGAAGAACUAGACGGCAUUAAGAUCAAGAUUUCUUCCCUCAGGAGUGAAAUUCAGAGAGAGAAGAGAGCUAACAAAGCGUCAAAGGUCAUUGAGAGGCUGAAAAAGAAGCUGUCAGAACAGGAGUCCUUGCUGCUUCUGACGUCUCCCAACAUGCCUCUGCGAGUGCACAAUAGAAACGGCAAGAGCUACAUGUUCCUGAUCUCCUCUGAUUACGAGCGUGCCGAAUGGAAGGACACGAUUCGGGAGCAGCAAAAGAAAUCAGGCUUUAAGAGUGUUUCCCUGACCUCCAUGGAGCUUCAGAUGCUCACCAACUCUUGUGUGAAACUCCAAACCGUCCACCACAUCCCUCUGACCGUCAACAAGGAAGAAGAUGAAGCACCUGGACUUUAUGGCUUUCUGAAUGUAAUCAUCCAUUCUGCCUCUGGACUAAAGCAGAGCUUAAAUCUGUACUGCACGAUGGAGGUGGACUCGUUCGGCUUAUUUGUGAACAAAGCCAAGACACGUGUGUACAGAUACACUACUGAGCCCAAAUGGAACGAGGAGUUUGAGAUUGAGCUGGAAGGCUCUCAGACGCUGAGGCUGCUUUGCUACGACAAGAGUUACAAUAAAACCAAGAUGAGCAAAGAGGACGGAGACAGCACAGACCGCAUUAUCGGCAAAGGACAAAUUGUGCUGGACCCUCAGAUGCUUCAGGGCAAAGACUGGCAGAGGACUGUCAUUCCUAUGAACGGGAUUGAGGUGAAGCUGUCUAUCAAGUUCACAAGCCGAGAGUUCAGCCUGAAGCGAACGUCCUCGUGUAAACAAGCAGGAGUGUUUGGAGUGAAGAUCUCCACUGUGACCAAACGAGAGCGUUCGAAGGUUCCCUACAUUGUCAGACAAUGUCUAGAGGAGAUCGAGAGGAGAGGAAUGGAAGAGGUCGGCAUCUAUCGCGUCUCGGGAGUCGCCACGGACAUCCAGGCUCUCAAAACCGCCUUCGACACCAAUAACAAGGAUGUGUCAGUGAUGAUGAGUGAGAUGGACGUCAACGCCAUCGCUGGAACUUUGAAGCUUUAUUUCCGGGAACUCCCAGAGCCGCUCUUUACCGAUGAGCUAUAUCCCAACUUCGCCGGAGGCAUCGCUCUCUCAGACAGCGUGGCUAAAGAGAGUUGCAUGCUCAACCUGCUGCUGUCUCUCCCCGAACCCAACCUGGUCACCUUCCUCUUUCUACUGGAUCACCUAAAAAGGAUUGCUGAGAAGGAGAGCGUGAAUAAGAUGUCUCUGCACAACCUGGCCACAGUGUUUGGUCCGACUCUGCUUCGACCAGCAGAAAAAGACAGCAAGAUUCCCACUAACCCCACGCAGCCCAUCACCAUGGGAGACAGCUGGUCGCUCGAGGUCAUGUCACAGGUUCAAGUCCUGCUCUACUUCCUUCAGCUGGAGACGAUUCCCACACCGGACAGCAAGAGACAGAGCAUCCUCUUUUCCACGGAGGUCUAGAGAAACUCACAAUGAAGACAAAAUCCAGUGGACAGACAGAAGAGCCCCCUGCUGGACAAUAGCAGGAAUGACCGCACUCUGGAAUAACACGAGGUCUACACAAAGCCACUGAAGGGCCCCGACUCUUCACGUGAAUCAUAAUACUUAUUCUUUCCUGAGCAUCCUGACACGGUUUAGUGAUUUCUUUAGUACAUUAGUACGCUCCGCUCCUUUUGCUGUCCUGUCAGGAACAGUGUUGAUUGUGGGCCAGCGUUGUGUUCUUGUAUCCUUGCACAUGUUUCUAUCCUUAUCUUCUGUCUCCUUCUCCUCCUCCAUUCCUUUUUCUCUGAGUACUAGAGCCUGAACCGUGUUUCUGUCGCUGCAAUCAAAUACUGCUCAUCAUUCCUGACUCUGUGCUCGUAUCCAGUGUUCAAGUGUCGCUGCUAGUUAAGCUUAAAGACGCUUGCUUAAACCUAGGGCUUUUUUUUUUGUCAUUGUGUUUAAGUUUAGAUUAAUAAAAAGUUAUUAGAUACAUUAACGGUCGAACCAAAAAUCGAACCGUUGUCACGUCAAGGCACCGGCGAAAGCAAUACGGAGAUGAUAGACGCGAGAGAUCCUAUUGUGCUCUUGCGCCGAGAGAAAGUCAGUCACUGGGAAAACGUUAACGUAACACUGAAAACAUCGGGCGAUUUUAUUGUAUUUUAGUACAACUUAUGUUUCUUCGGUCUCUCCUGCCUCUUGUGAGCAAUAGUUGAAACAGAUUUCAAAGUGUUACAUUCUGUAGACAGUUCAAUAUGCAUUUUAAUAUUAUUAUAAUUAUUUUAUUUUGUAAUUGUAUUUAGGGAAUCUUGUGGAAAUAUGUACGUACAUAUAAUUUAAAAAUGAUUUCUUUUUUUUUUUUUUUCUGCGAUUCCUUUAGUAAUGAUUAUUUAUAUUUUUUGGGACAAGCCACCUUGUCUUUUCCCUAAAAGAAAAUUCUCGUCAGGAAUGAUCUAAAAGCGUCUAAGACUAAUAUUUAAAACCGGAACUAGCAGGUUCACAUUCCAUGUAAUGCUACAGAUCACGGUCACUGUGUCCUGACAUGCACCCUUUUUUUCUACACUAUUUUUCCUAGCGUUUUUUUUAGUCCUGAAAGCAUAGUGGGAAAUCUCUAGUGUGCUCCCGAGAGCCCAUAAUGCACCGCAAAAAAAAAAAGUCCAAUGAUGUACAGAAUACCCAUAAUGCACUUUGCAGUUUGUAGGCCAUAGGGAGAUGAACGCUAUUUUGAAAACACAGCCGGUGUGUCUGUUUAGUGUAACCCUGAAAAGUCAGGUUUUCAUCCUUCAUGUCUCAGUGAGGAUCCACUUUUUGAAGGAUAAAUCGUGGGGCAUCUCGUCGUCCGUGUCUAUUCAGACGUCUAUGACUUUGUGCGAUUUUCUUUCCCUCAUUAUACAGCAGUGCCUCGCUGUCUUUUGUGUAAUAAAGCUGCAUUUUUGUCUUUUAAGCAACACCGUGUCUGUACGUGUAGUAUCAUGGUAGAGGGAAACACGAACGGUGGUCGUCUAAUUUGUUAUCCGUGACAUUCCUGUCAUGUUUGGCACUGUGUUCUUCAGCUGCCUCAACAAGCACCCCCUUUUUAAUUAAUAUUCAUAUCAGUCUUCGGAGUGAACUGUUAUGACGCAUACAGAAAAAGAUUUAAAAUUUUUUCAACAAAAAUUCAGUAUGCAUUCUUUUUCUUUAACAUGCAGGCAUGUUUAAUUUCUUUUUCUUAUUCUUUUGUGAAUUUGGAAAUCCUGUGUUUUAUUUUCAACCAAACUCUCGCAUCUGUCUGUUUUUAGUUCUUAAUUUUUUAUUAAUUUUUUUGCGCCUUUUUUUUUUCGUGUUUAAUUUUACUGUAAAAUGCAGUAAAAAGAAACUGUUAUUUUAUCAAUUUUAAUUAUCAAUUUGAUCUGAACAUAUAACAUUCAUGCCAAUUGAUGUUUCCCUGCUUAAACCUGCUGCCUACAAGAUUCGCUUCUCCAUACAGGUGUGUUUUUUUUUUAAAUAAACGUACAAAUGCGAGGUUUUGGAGA